AUGAAUAAGGGAGAAACAAAAACUCAGAGCCACAGAAAGUCCGAAGACAUUGGAGACAAAUUGGAGCCGCAGAAUGCCACAAAAAAGCUUGUUUGGUGGAUUAACUCAGACAAUGAGUACCAGCUAGGCCAGAUCGUAGCAGAAGACAGCACACACGCCGAGAUAACCAUAGGAGAAAAAAGGUUUUCCGUGAGGCUGGAGGACUUGAACAAGGCAAACCCUUCUAAGUUCGACCUCGUUGAUAACAUGGCGCACCUGUCCUAUCUCAAUGAACCGAGCAUACUUCACAACCUCCACCAGAGAUAUCUCUCAGAUAUGCAGUACACGUACUCUGGCCUGUUCUUGGUGGCUAUAAACCCGUACAAGAGCCUGCCAAUAUACACAAAGGAUUUCAUCGAGAAGUACUCCUCUGUCUACAAGAGAGAAGAUGCGCCUCCGCACAUAUACGCAGUUGCAAGCGAGGCAUACCACCUAAUGAGAAACACAAAGCAGCCGCAGACAAUUCUCAUCACGGGAGAGUCUGGUGCAGGGAAGACAGAAAACACAAAGCACGCCAUUGCGUUCUUGACGAAAGUCAGCGGUGAUCUGUCGCACGGCACAAGUGUCCUUGAGGAGAGACUUCGCUCAACAAAUCCCCUCCUCGAGGCAUUCGGAAAUGCCCAGACAGGAAGAAACGAUAACAGUUCAAGGUUUGGAAAGUUCAUAAAGAUAGAGUUUGGAGCAAGCGGGGAGAUAGUUGGGGCAUCAGUGGAAAGAUACCUGCUAGAGUCUUCGAGAGUCACGAAGCAGGCAAAAGGAGAGAGAAACUACCAUGUGUUCUAUGCGCUAACAAAGCAGGCAGAUGACGCCCUUCUAUCCUCCCUGCAUCUUAGCAGAGACAAGCCAUACAGAAUAAUAAACAGCACAGAAGGAAAUGACAUAGAGAUGGAAAGCAUAUACACAUCAAUGCGCAUCCUCGGCAUCACAGAAGAGGAGAAAGACAAGAUAUUCAAAAUACUUGCUGCAAUAAUACACUUGGGAGAAGUUGAUUUUAUUCAGGAUGGAAAGUGUGUGAGCUUAGAAGCAGAAGGGGCAACAGCGCUAGAACACGCCUCUAAUUUACUCGGAGUAGAUGCUGGCAUGCUGAAAGAAACCCUCCUAUCACCAAAGAUCCAGGCGGGACACGAAAUAGUGGUGCAUGGCCGGUCUCCUCAGGAAGCCAACUUCACAGUAGCAUCUCUCUGCAAAGUGCUGUAUGAGAGACUCUUUGACUGGAUUGUCUCUCUUGUGAAUGCAUCGCUAAAGCCAAAGGCUCAGUCGCAGUCUUACAUAGGAGUCCUUGACAUCGCAGGAUUCGAAAUACUGGAGAAGAACGGAUUCGAGCAGCUUUGCAUAAACUACACCAACGAGAAACUGCAGCAGUUCUUCAACCACCGAAUGUUUGUUCUGGAGCAGGACAUCUACCUAAAAGAAGGCCUGGAGUGGAAUAUGAUAGACUUUGGACUAGAUCUGCAGCCUACCAUAGAUCUGCUAGAAACCUCAGGCACGGGAAUCUUCUCGAUACUCGACGAAGAGUGCGUAGUUCCAGGGGGCACAGGGGACAGACUCCUCGACAAAAUAUCCAGAACUUGGAAGAGCCAUGGCAAGUUUUCCAUUCCAAAGGUCCGCGGAGGAUUCACUGUGAAGCACUACGCAGGGAAGGUGUGCUACAAUGAAGACGGGUGGAUCGCAAAGAACAAGGAUCCCUUGGAUGAAGCUAUCUCUUCGCUGAUGCUAGGCCCAAAGGGCCCCCUCCCUACGUCUUCUACUCGAUCAGGGCUAGCAGCCACUCGGUUUAGGACAGUGUCGCAGAGCCACAAGGAGCAGCUUGCUGCCCUUCUGAAGAUGCUCUACACCACCAAUCCCCACUUUGUGCGGUGCAUCCUUCCCAACAGAAGCAAAAAAGCCAAUAGCUUUGAGGUCUCUCGGGUUCUGCACCAGCUGAGAUGCAAUGGAGUCCUUGAAGGCGUGAGGAUAUCGAGGCAAGGAUUCCCCACGCGCGUUGAGUUCAGAGACUUUACGCAAAGAUACGCACUUUUAUCGCGGUCAGGAAAGGAGCACAUUCCCCCAGCUGAAAAAGGAGUAGUUGCUUUGCUCACUGAGCUAGGGGUGCCCUCCAGUCUGUUCCGAUUGGGCAAGACUCGGCUCUUCCUCAGACAGGGAGUGCUAGCGGACUUGGAGGACCAUCGAAACGCAAAGAUCUCUGGGCUUAUUGCUGAUCUGCAAAGACGCCUUCGCACACUCUUGAGCAUCAACUCAGAAAAGCUCAAGAAGGCCCGGGAGGAUGCCGUGUCGCUGAUCCAGAAGAACGUAAAGAUAUACGCAGCCGUUAGAAACUGGUCCUGGUGGAAGCUGUGCAUGAAAGUUCGCCCUCUUCUUGAGGUAAGAAAGGCUGAAGAUGAGAUCAAAGAAAGAGACAUAAAGAUAGCCAGACAGUGCGCAGAGAUACAGGAGCUGAAGGACAAGAUAUUCUCGAUGGAGACAAAGUAUGGACAGACCCUGCAGGAGACACAGCUUGCGCUCGCUCAGAGCGAAGAGACAAAAAGACUCGCUAAGAUUGAAAAAGCAGAGGCUGAAAAGUCCUUGGAUGAGCUGAAGAGUGAGCUGGCAUCAGCACAGAAAGCGUCCAAUAAACACUUCACAAGAGCCAACGAGAUGAAGCAGAUAGUUGAGGAUUUAGAGGUGAAAGUUGAACAGGCGAGAAAAGACGCAGCUUCAGAGAUAACAAAGAAGCUUUUGGCAGAGCUUGCGAGCCUAAAGACCGCGCACACUGAGUCGAUAAAAGAGGCUAAGGAGCUGCGAGAACAGCUGCAGCAUGCGAACAAUAAGCUUGAUUCAUCAGAGCACGAAAAAGGAAUAUUUGCCCAGGAAAGAGACACACUCUGCGAGAAAAACAAAAAAUUAGCAAAUGAAAUUGAAGAGCUCCAGAACGAGGUGAAAGUGGCAGAGUCUAAGAGACACAAGGGAGAGGUUUCUCUGAGAAAGAGCGAGAGCGAGAUUGAAAGGCUCUCUUCUCUGCUGAGCUUUGAAAAGGAAAAACUGCAGAAACUCAAUGAAGCAUUCAAGAGAGCAUCAGCACCUGCCCCAGCACCCAUCGCCCCUCCGGUGCAGGACAAUAAGGAAGAGCUGAUGCGUCUGGAGAAGGAGCUGGAGCAUGAAAAGGAGAGGUCUGAAAGCAGACAGAAAGAGUACGAAGAGCUGAAGCGAGAAUACAUCGAUCUGGUGGAUGAGAAGCUGGGCACUAUGAUAUCAGACAGACAAAAGCUGGAUGUUGAAAUGAAAAAGCUCCAGCAGGCACUGGCACACAACCAGCUCAAGCUGCAGCAGACAGAGGAAAGCGCAGUGAGUGCACAGAGUCUGCUAUCAGCUGCACAGGCACAGAAGAAGGAGGAGAAAGAGAAGAGAAAGCUGCUGGAAAAAGAAAUCUCUGCAAGAAAGGCCGAGGAAAUCAAAAUGAAACAGGAGAUUGCAAUGGCAAAAGAGGAAACAGUGGAAAUUCUUGAAAAGAUGCAGUCUGAGAAAAAAGACUGGGAGCUGGAAAACAGCAAACGGGUGAAGGCGCAGGACUCAAUAAUCAGCGAGCUGCACACUUCUAUUUCUAAUGUUGAGGAGAUAAACACACAUGUACAGCAGCUAUCCAACAAAGUAUCCUCGUCCAUGGAGGUUAUUUCCCUAUACAAAGCAGAGAUAAAGAGAAUAUCAGAGGACCUUGUGAAGUGCGAGUCAGAAAAAGCAAAGAUCGCGCAAAAGCUAGCAAGGGCUCUCUCCAACGCAAAAGAAAGCGAGUCUUCUCUGGCCUGGGCGGCAUCGCAGGUCAACGCACUGUCGCAUGAGAAAGAAAGAAUACUGAAAGACGUUGAAGCUGAGAUAUGCGAGCAGAGAGAUAAGUAUGAGAACGCAGAGAGCGUGUGGCAAAAGGAGAAGAAAGCGCUUGAAGCAGAAAAAAGACAGCUGCAGAAAGACCUGAAAGAAAAAGAAAGAUCGAGUGCCAGCUUGUCUCUUUUGCAGAAGGAAAUGGAGCAUUUGCAGAAGAAACUCGGCACUGCGCGACAGGAAGCACAGAAACUAGCAGAAGAAAAAGAAAGCGCGUACACUGAGUCAGCUAGCAAGAUGCAGGAGAUGAGCGCAAAGAUGCAGAAAGAAACAGCAGAGUCUGUAAGAUACAAAAGAGAGGUAAAAGUUCUAGCAGAGGCCCAGACAAGAACCGAGGCCGCGCUCUCUCUGUCGAAGAGCAAAGAGAAUAAAUAUUUAGCAGAACUCCAGAGCAUGGAAGAGACAGCCCUUAAGAUGCAGGAGCGAGAAAAAGAGCUGCUGCUUGAGAUAAGGAAACUGACACUUGACAAAACAGCCUCUGAAAUUAUCAAAGGAUUUUUAUCUGAUCACAGCAGAACAACAGUGAAAUAA